AUGCCAGCAAACCAUGAUAUCGACACGAAAAAACCUAGUCGACUCUACAUCAUUUUGUUGUCUUUAUCUUUAGGUAUCAUCAUUUUCUUCACAAGUUUUAGUCAACAAACACGCACUAUCACAGUUCUUUCGCCAUCUCAAACAACAUUUUCGUACCUGCAAGAUCAACAAAAGUCAAGUCUCUCAUGUUUAUGUUCACAGGCCUCUAUUCAACAUGAUGUAUUCCUUUCGAUUUCACCUCGUUUACAUCAGGUAUGUUCUAGCGAUUUCGUUGCAGAACAAUGGUGGGGUUAUUUGUGGGGGCUAGAUGAUGUGAGCAGUUUUCGCGAUCUUCAACUUCUUAGCAUUCAGUUUCGUGUUCUUGCAUCACUAUGUUCAUUAGCACAGCAGUCUAUCGACAGUGACAAAAGUGCAUUCUUUACCAAUAAAUUAGUCACUCUAGAAUUAAUCUCAUUCAGCUCAUUUCAAGCUCAAAUUGAUUCUCUUACAGCUACAUUUAUUACUCAAACACCAGACAAAUUUCGCCGUACUCAAUCGUUCAUUUAUGAAACAUUUCGUGCAAACCAGCUGCUGGUUGUACCUGAAACAAAUUGGCAGUUAGCUUUCACAACUGCGGCGGAUAAUUACGUUGUUGCCACUGUGCCACGUAAUUCAUUUGGGAAUAAUUACUCAUGUAUUACAUCAUUAGAUAGCUUCUCACGACCAUUGUAUAUUGAUGGCAAUUAUAACACCACAGUAUUACCUGGUGUGGUGGCUAGUUGUUUACCAAUCGAUGGUAUUCGUCUGUCUACUCUAGAAUGUUUCUUUGAUCCAAAGUGUAUUCUUAACUUGACAAGCAUUGCAUCAAGACGCACUACUACUAUUUGGAUUGCCAACCCACUCAAUGCUUCAACACCCAGUAAUUAUUCUUCGAACACUCUCAUAGGCAACCUCGUUGAUAGUUUAUUCGUAGAAGAUUGGGGAAUUGUCAGUAAUUAUUCAAGCUACUUUGCUUCGUGUGCUCCAUAUUCGUGUUCAUACCAUUAUAUUGAUCACAAUACAAUACUCUAUAUAAUCACCACUGUGCUUGGACUGUAUGGUGGUCUGGUAGUGAUUCUUCAUUUUAUUGUAUGGCGUGGAUGGCGUAUGUAUCGAAAGAUCAUGGGGUGGAUACAAAUCGCUACUCGCUCAACAUCAACACAAGUUGUUCCGUUUCAGCCAACCAUCCAUAUCGAGUGA